GCUACUCUAAUCAGUCUACUUGACCACUGCAGCUGAGCUCGCUCGUGAGGGGAUUCGUUAGCGGUGGACGGGUGGGAGGAGAGCCGUAGACAGACAGGGACGCAAGCCGUGGCGUUGUUCGAGGGCGGGCAGCUGUGCGGGUGAGGGAAAUGGACGAGGAGCUGGCGAUGGCGAUGGCGGCGGCGGCGAGCUCCGAGUGCAGCAGCGGCUGCCAGUCCGGCUGGACCACGUACCUCGACGACCACUCCUCCUCCUACUCCUGUGGCAGCGCGCGGUUCCACGGCAAGGCGCGGCAGCCGUACUACUGCGACUAUUCGGAGGAGGACGACCUGUCCAUGAUCUCCGACGCCUCCUCCGGCCCGCGCCAGCAGAGCUCCGCCGGCAACGACGUCGAAGGCGGUGGUGGUGCCGCCGCCGCCGAGGCGCACGCCAAUGCGGAGAGGAGAGGGAGGCGGGAGGCGGCCGCCGCGGACAGGCGGCAGAGCAAGAGGACCGCCGCGGCGUCCCUGCUCGAGGACACGGCCAGCUCGCCGGCCUUCUUCGGAUACUCCAAGGCGAUGGGCUCGGGAGAGGCCACUGGCUGUGGCGUCGCGGACGCCCAGAUGAUGGAGAUCGGCAAUGCGGCAGACUUCUCCUACGCCUUCUCCACCACGACGGGCUUCAAGUCUCCCUUAAAUGGAGCUGCUUUCGGUGGCUACAUGCAAAUGCAGUACUCCCCGGCUCCUGCCAAGCCGAUGCCCACGAGACAAGUGUGCAGAGACGCGCCGGAGAAGAAGAUGUGGUGACUGCCGAGUGCUGCUUGAUCGAGGAGCUUUCGCCGGUGCCGGCUGGAGCGAAGGAUGUCCAUGGGCCAUGGCUCGCUCCGCUCUGCCGUGUUCCAGGGAGCACGAGGAGAUGGGCAGACUGGCUCGAGUGCGUUUGCAAAUCUUCUUCAGAUCUCCAAGAGAUCCUCUCCUCCUAUCCAGUAAUCCCCCAUCUGUUUUGCCACCUCUCUCUCUCUCUCUGCCCCUGGUGUGUGUUUUCACUCUGAACUGUGAGCCCCUGUCCUGUUCCUCCCCAUCUGCAGUUAGCGAGUCUCUGCCCACUCUUUUAGCUGUCAUUGCAGUGGGAAACAGCAACCUGAGGCAAAACAAAACAAAACAAAACAAAAGC